AUGGCUGAGAACCAUCAUAAUCAUUUGGAAGUUCCGUCUGUUCUUGUGGAUGAUUACGAUAAUAACAAAAGAUCAGUAAAUGUGUCGUCGACGGAGUUAGGUACACCAAAGAAAAGAAAAUUUAGAGAUGCCAACAUCUACAAAGCAUUGGUAGUUGCUGUCUCGUCAAGGGCUUUAUUCAACGUCGAAGAUGAACAUAAGAUAUCUUAUGAAAAAGGACUGCAAGAGUUCAUAAGAUAUCAAGUUGAACAUGAAAAUGUACCAUGUAAGCCUGGUACGGCGUUUGCCUUCAUAAAGGCUUUGCAGUACGUGAAUGAAAAAUUAUUAGAGUUGGACCCCCAGGAAGAGGAAAUAUUUGAUGUGGUUUUAAUGACGCAAAACCAUGGCGAUACAUCAAUAAGACUGAUAAACUCAAUCAAUCAUUAUGAACUAAAGAUUGAGCGUGCCACUUUGUCUGGGGGUUCCAACCCUAUAGAAUAUUUGAAAGCUUGGAAUACAUCCUUGUUUUUAAGUGCAAACAAAGAGUUAGUGAAGGAAGCCCUUGAAAAUGGAAUAGCAGCUGCCGCAGUUCAGCACCAAGAUGUCAACCCUCCAACUCAACAACUGCGGGUGGCAUUUGAUGGUGACGCCGUCCUUUUCUCCGACGAGUCGGAAAGAAUUGUUAAAGAAGAAGGUCUGGUAAACUUUUUUGAACAUGAGACGAAAUUAGCAAAUGAACCCAUUGGUGAGGGGCCACUGAAAAAUUUUGCUGAAAAACUUGGACGUAUUCAGAAAAAAUUCCCGAAGACCUCUGCAUCUUGCUGUGAAAUGCCCAUUCGUACAUAUCUUGUAACUGCAAGGAGUAUGGCAAGCGCUGGAAAACGAGCAUUGGUGACUCUGCGAUCUUGGGGAUUGGAGAUUGAUGAAACAUUUUUCCUUAGUGGAGCAAAGAAAGCCCCAUUCUUAGAAACAAUCAAACCUCAUCUAUUCUUUGAUGACCAAGAAAUGCAUAUUUUAGCUGCCUCGGAAUCGGGAACUCCUUCAGCACAUGUACCACAUGGUGUUGCUCAAGAGUACGGCAAGAAAGACAAGGUUAAAAAAACACUGUCAUCUGAGUUUUAG